AAAUGCAGUAAACCCCCACUAACCAACUCAUGAAGGAACGGAUAGAAGAUAGCAGAAGAAUUUCUGACAUGAACGUAAAAGAUACGUUUCAGAAAGUGCAAGAGGAUCAUCAUUCUUGAGGAGAGAUGGUGCCCAGAUUUAAAUUGAAGAGAAAAUUAAGGAAGAAGCCUGUGGUUGUCUGCUGUUUCUUCACUGCCCUAUCCAUGGUGGUGAUAAACACAUAUCCAUCUCUCCAUUUUGAUGACAAAAUGUCUGGCCUUGAUUACCAAGCAUCCAGCCAGCUACAUGGAAAACUUACUCAGCAAAGAAGACUGUGGAGAAACACUGGCACCUUCCCCAAGCAAACAAAUACCUUCCACAGAAAUUACAAAUUACUACCAAUGGAGAACAGUUAUCUAAAGAGAUGGCAUUUGAACGUUAAGCCACACAGCUACAUAGAGUCAUUUCAAAAGCAGUAUAGCUAUGGUGAAAUGCAAAAGGCUUUCAGCAUAAUGGAACAUAAAAACAAAUUGCUGCAGAAAAGACACAAAAGUAGAAAGAUUAUACUGCCUGAAACUCUAAAUAACCAAAGGCAGGAAGUCAACAGGGAUGCUGAGCCAUCUCUGAUGCCAGGGCUUCCAAGGAUUGGCCCAAUAUGUUAUCACUCCUCAGUGGACAAGGCCUUUUCACAAGUUCUUAAGUCUAAUGGGAACACAACAGCCAUCCGAGAUGUUGGGGAGAUGCCUGAAAUAUCUUCUAUUUUGAAUUAUACAGCAGAUAAAAAGGACAUGAGGUCUCUGCAGACUCAUUGCAAACCUGACAUUCAGGAUAUUGUUGCUAAGAAACGAGUUCUCCCGCAAUUUAAACUAUUUGUUCAGAAAGUUAGGGGCAAUGACUAUAAGGGAUUUGGGAAAGUACCAUUCUUUUACACUGCAAGGAAGAAGCACCUCGAUUUUUCAUUGGUAAACAAUGGGAAAAAUGAGCGACAGACUACUUCACAAGUGAGGAAAAGGAUAACUGAGCAUAAAAUCUGUGACGGUGUUGAAACCAGUCAUCCAGAUUCAGGGAUGGAAGAUAACUUUAGACUCCUUGAAGAUCCUCCACCCUGGUUUGACUCGAGUGACAUUGAAAAGAUGAAACUGUUGGCUAAUGGUUCAGUAGUUGCAAAAGCACGGAUACCAGCUCAUGGGCAAGUCAUCAAAGUAGGUCUAAGCUUUCAUUCUUCCAUUGUGAUCCAUGACCUCAUGGGACAUUGUCAAAAGGGACUGUGCGGCCUAAUAAAGCGGCCCAGUGACCUCGCUGAAGUCUUAGCUUUCCAUUUGGACAGGGUGCUGGGUCUAAACCGGAGUCUGCCUGUUGUAGCCCGAAGAUUUAAUGCUGCACUGCUCCCGUACAAGUUCACAGACGGAGUGGCCAGGCCAGUUGUUUGGUGGGAUUCAGACAUUCAGCAUCUAAAUGAUCCCAACAAUGACCAAAAUUCAUUCGACCUGAGCUGGUUUCAAUACCAGGCAGUGCUUCGGCAACAGUGCGGCAUCAACAAGGCUCCCGAGAAUCACACCGUGUCCUGCCUCAGUGUGAAACACUCCGAGUGGGGCAAGUUAGCUCUUUUUGAUUUCCUCUUACAGGUCCAUGAUCGCCUGGAUAGACAUUGCUGCGGUUUUAACCCAGACUUCUCAGAACCCUGUGUAGAAGAUCUGCUGCACGAAAAAUGUAGAAAUCUUAAAGACCAUCUCCUUGUGCAUAUCCUGGUUCGAAAAGGAAAUCCAUCUCAACUUGUCUACAUAGACAAUGCAGGAAGGCUUCUACAGCAUGAGGACAACCUCAACUUCAGACUGUUGGAGGGCAUUGAUGAGUUUCCUGCGCAUGCUAUCUCAAUUUUACAGUCUGGAUGCUUACAGAGCAGGCUGCUGAGAUCCCUGCGCAUGGACACAGAGUUCUGGGAGAGCCACGAUGGGAUCAGAGGCCUGAAGAAGCUGGCUCAGGUCAUAGAGAAAAGGGCUCAGCUACUGCUCGACUACAUCCAGGAGAAAAAUAUCAAAUUAGUUCAGGAAUAAAGAGAAUACA